CCUGGUGGACGCCGGGCGAAAACCUAACAACAGCGAUCGGCCACUCAGCCGCGGCGAGCGUCGAGCGAGCAGUUGCCAGUUGUAACUUGUUUCCCGAGAGCCCCGACUUCCAAGUGAACCAAGAAUACUAGUUUGUGUGCCCAAAACGCCAAAAUGUUUGACGUUUUUAAACCCGCGAAGGAACUGAUCAAAAUCAAGCCCGAUUCGGUGCGCAUAGACAACUAUGUAUUCAAGCUCCACUAUCAAGCCACCUUUAUCAUUUUGUUGGCGUUCUCACUGCUAGUGACCGCAAAACAAUUCGUCGGAGACCCCAUCGCCUGUAUCGUCGAAGAAAAAGGAGCAGUCCCCCAAGUAGUCAUGGAUACUUUCUGCUGGAUCUCCUCCACAUUCACCAUCCCCAACCUGAACAAUGGCCGCGUCGGCACGGAUGUGAUCCAGCCCGGCGUCGCGUCACACACGGACCAAGAUGAAGUCAAGUUUCACAAAUACUAUCAAUGGGUGUGCAUCGCCCUGUUCUUCCAGUCCAUCCUCUUUUACGUGCCUCGCUACAUCUGGAAGAUCUGCGAGGGCGGUCGCAUGAAGACGUUGGCCCUGAACCUCAACAGCCCUAUUGUGACCGAGGAAGUCAAGAGGGACCGGAAAAAGCUCCUGGUGGAUUAUUUCGUCAGCCACUUUCACCAGCAAAACUCUUAUGCAUUCCGUUUCUUUAUCUGUGAAGCCCUCAACCUCGUCAAUGUUGUUGGGCAGAUGCACUUUAUGGACCUGUUUCUCGAUGGAGAGUUCAGCACAUACGGGUCUGAUGUUGUCAAGUUCACAGAGAUGGACUUUGAAGAGCGUAGUGAUCCCAUGUCCCGAGUGUUCCCUAAAGUAACCAAAUGCACCUUCCAUAAAUUUGGUCCAAGUGGUUCACUGCAGACCAUUGACAGUCUCUGUGUGCUUCCUCUUAAUGUGGUGAAUGAGAAGAUCUAUGUGUUUCUGUGGUUUUGGUUUGUGCUUCUUUCCAUUGUCACUAGCCUUAUGAUAGUGUACCGUAUGUGUGUCAUCUGCUUCAUGAAGAUGAGGACGUACCUGCUGUACUCCCGAUAUUGUCUUGGUUCAUUUGAAGAAAUUGAGAUCAUCACAAAGAAGUGCCAGAUUGGUGACUGGUUCAUUCUGUAUCAGCUGUCGAGGAACAUUGAUCCUCUAAUAUUCAAGGAGUUGAUAUCUGAGCUUUCUGAAAAAUUGAAAGAUAAACAACGAAGGGAUGCUUAUUUAAAAAACGCUGAAAAAUUGGAAGAUAAACAACACGAGGAUUGUUUUAUAAAAAACAAACACAUUAUUUUCGUGUGAGAAUAAAACAAAUUUUGAAAGCUCAAUCUCUUUAAGUGAAUUCCGUAAAAACAAAUACAUUGUUUGUUAACGUGUGAGAAUAAAACUAAUUUUGAUAGCUCAAUCUCUGUAAGUGAAUUCCGUAAAAACAAAUACAUUGUUUGUUAACAUGUGAGAAUAAAACUAAUUUUGAAAGCUCAA